GCCUUCAAUGAGAUAUUCACAUUUCACAACUUCUUUUACUUCCAAGAGUAAAGUUGAAAGGAAAAGAAACAAGCCAGAAAUGCUACACCCGAUAACAUUGUUCAAAAGAAACGAAUUGUUCUAGCAUCGAAUCGGAGCCGAUCUUUACUGAUCCGACGGCUGCCCGUGAUCCAGAAUCGUCACCUCAAAGCUACAAAAAGCGAGCCAAGAGAGCCGCAACAACAACUAACCCAACAACCUGAGGAGGAGGCAGCCGCGAGCGCGAGCCAAGAGAGCACCCAGCUAGCCAUGGAGGUGGCCGCCGCCUCCCUCUCCCUCUUCCGCACGCCGCAGGCGCACCACCUCGCCGAGCUCCGCGUCGACGGCGCCGACCAGUCGCCGGUCGCCUUCUCCGACCCCUGCGCCGUCGGCCGCAAGCGCCGCUGCCUCUUCCCGCCCUUCUCCCCGCGCAAGAGGAUGCUGCUGGAGCUCCCGCCCUUCGCCUCCACGCCGACCGCGCCCGCGCCGGGGAGCGCCUCCCCGGGGGCUCUCUCGUCGGGGGGUGAUCGGUCGACGAGGACCGGCGGGAGCGGAGGCGGAGGCGGAGGCGGUGGGGGUUCGUCGUUCUCCGCUAUGGCGGAGAGGGUGUUGGCGCCGCCAUCGGUGUCCAGCGGGAGCGGCGCCGCGUUCGCGUUCGCGUUCUUGGCCGCGUCGCCGAAGCAGCAGCAGCCGUUGACGCCCAUGGGAUCCACCGCCAGCUGCGGCGGCGCGGGAUCCGGGUUCUUGCCCCCUGAUCCGUCGUCGUCGCUCACCCCCAUGGGCUCCAAGUCCAACGGCAUUGGCGCCUCCGCGUUCUUGGCUUCCCCGAGGCCGGCGACCAGGAGCGCCAACGAUGGGGGCGGAUUCGCGUUCUUCCGUUCGCCGGAGCCAGAGCGCACCGCCGGCGACACCACCCGCAGCGGUGCCCCGUUCUCGGCUCCUCCGAAUCUGGUGUCCGGGCCGGCUGGUUCCCCAGCGUCUGCGGCGGCUAAGGAGCCAUCUCAGAUUAUCGGCGAUGGUGGUCUCGUCGCGCCGCCGUACACCAUCUCGUCGUCGCCGGCGCGGAAGUCCCGGAGCAGCACCCUCUGGUCACGCCGCCUCGCCCACGCCGCAGCCGAGGGCCGUACGAGCCCGCAGCCGCCGCGCGACGAGCAGCUGCAGAUCACCCUGCCGCCGCCGCCGCAGAAGGUCACCAAGACGGUACUAGCCCCGGCCACCGGCGAGCCCUCCCGUGGCGCCACCCUGUCCUCGUCGGCGGCCACCACGUGCUGCACGUUCCUCACCUCGCCGGCGAAGGCGACCAACCAGGAGCGGGAGGCGCGAGCGUCCUCCAGGAUGGGCGGCGGAGAGGGCGCCACCACCGCGGCGGCGGCGGCGGCGGCGGUGGCCUGCGCCGGCGGCGAGGUGGUGGUGAGCGUGACCUGCUCGUGCGGCGCCCGGGAGGAGUUCUGCUUCGACCACUGCCAUUGACACUGCCACAUCCUCGCCGUCGAUUGCACUUGGCCGACAGAUGGCGUGAUCUCAUCGCUCCAUUUCUGAUGUGAUAUGCUCUUCUUUGGUUCUCUCGUCUAGUUCUCUGCUAGUGUCUCUGUUCUGUGAAAACUUCAGAUUCGGUUGAACUGAACAGUUUCAUCAGUGUUUCUUAUUUCUGAGAUGAAAGUUUCUCAUGUUUCAUAGGGUUUGUUUAGUUCGAACUUCAAAUCUUGGUGGUUUGUGGUGAUUUUAAGAAAAAAAAAUAAGGAAUGUUUUUGGAUGCCUGAUUUAGUGAAUCCUGGUGGUUCAAACCGAA